AUGCCGCUUGGACGAUCUGCCGGCUCGGUUGGCGAGGAAGCCGCCAAAGCGGCAGCGACCCACCUUUCAACUGCGAUAAGCUCCAAGGUUGCUGCAGAUGCCCCUGUGGACCUCCCGGAUGAGGACAAGAAGGCUGCUGCCGCCGUGAAGAGGGCGAAGGCAAAGGCCAAAGCCAAGGCAAAAGCAAAGGCAAAAGCGGAAGACAAGGCAGACGACCGCCUUCUGCGCCAGCUGCGUGGCUCCGUCUAG